CAACAGUACUUUUAAAAGGUAUCAUUUCACUUGUACAGUGAAGAAACUGUACCUCCGGAUGGUAAGUGCCUUGUCCACAUUCACAGAGUUAGUAAUCCAUCUGGGGUACAGAUACAGGGCUCUGGCCUAUAAUUUCAGAGUCGUUUUUUGUAAGCCAACAGAGAUGGAAAUCCAGACUGACUGCAAGAAGUAAAACCCCACUUCAGAAUGGCUUAAACAGUAAGGAAAGCUUAUCUGAAACCAGUUGAGCCUCAGGUGUGGGGCAGUCUGGGUUAUGUAGUACAUCAGUUCCAUGAUGCCUUCAUUUCCCAGGUGUGGGUCUUUAGGGAAAGCUUUAUAUCAGUGUGGAGAACUGUUUACCUGCCAAGUUAGCAGACUCUUGCCUAGGACCAACCUUGCAAAGAAAGCCUUUUUAGGACGGCAGUCUCAGGCCUGCUCUGUUAACUUCUGCACAGUUUCGUUUCAUUUUUCACUAUUUCAAACAAUGCUGCAUUGAUCUUUGUGUGUAUAGCUUGUCUCACUCAGGUUGGUAUUUCUGUUGGAUAAACCUAAUCUACACAUAAAUUUGUUUGUUAAACGCUGUGUAUAUAUAAAAUGUUGUUAAUUACUGCCAAAUUGAACUCCAAAAAGCCUGCCAAUUUACAUUCCUACUAACAGUAUUUGCAAGGGACCCUCCAUUACACUGGUUAUCAAUCUUUGUAAUUGUUGACAGUUGAAUACAGCCAGGAUCUUAAGAGCAGAAAAUGUAGAAAGAUUGACAAAGAGUAACAAAAUUGGAUUAAGCUGAUGUGACUUGCUAUAUGGUUACAUAUGACAAUGUAGUGCUUUAGCUGAUAGCAAAUUUUUCAUGAUUAUAUUUUGAAGAUAGGGUGUGAAGCACUUGAUAGAUUUGCUUUAGAUGUGAAAUUGAAGCUUACUGGGCAGAGUUCCAAUAGAACAUAUUUGUGUUUAACAGUGGGUUUUCAGAAUUAAAAUAUGGUGUCCAAAUACUGGUUACCUAUUAAAGUAAGCUAUUUGUAUUGUCAACUGAUUAUAAUAAAAUGGCACCAAGUUGUACAUACAUGAUUUUAAUAUGAAAUAUUUAUGAAAUUAAUGUUUUGUGGGAGAAGAGGGGUUGUGGCAGUGUUCAUAAACACAAGCUACAUUUUAAAACCAUACCACUUUACUUUCAGAAAUCUUAAUAUAUGAAAGUAUUGUUCAGAGUAGAAAACUCAUUAUAGUUUUAGUGUUAGAUACCAGGUUUACUUGGGGUAUCUAUAAAAAAAACAAACAAUGAAUAAAAGAAGUGUAGCCAUAAAGACAAUGGAGCUUGUAUGGAUGCUUAUUCGGGGAAUAUUUUUCACUUGGAAAAUAAAAUAAUUUAUUAUAGUUUAUUUCUUCGGAAGAAAACUACCCUGGAAAUGUGCACUUCUCUAUAAGAAAUCAUAGCGUGUUGUCUUUGUUUUCUGGUACUGUUAUGAGUUUACGUGGUUGUAAGCUCAUCUAAGAUCCCAUCUGGGUUUAUAACCCCUUUCUCUUAAUGCCUCAAAGGUUUCCUAACUGUGAGUGGAUGUAUUUAAUGUGAGGAAACAUUCCCAGUCUCCUUAACAGCCUGUUAAAACCUGAAACAGAUACAGUUGUACCGUCUGCAAAUUAUUUUGUACUGCCAGAGGAGAUACUGAACCAACUUUUAGGCAAAGAUUUUUGUCUUCUACAGGGAUUUCCAGAACAGUGAUAUGACAGGGAAAUGCAUUAAAAAACUUUAUCCAAAUGGUUUGAAUACUUGUAACUUUCUGACCUAGAAGCUAGAAAGUAAAAAAUUUCUAUCCUAGUUCUGUCAGUGAUUCAUUGUGUGUCCUUGAGAAAUUCACCUCUUUUUGUCUAAAUCCUUUUGUCAGCUGUAAAUUCAAGAUAAUACAGAACCAUUUACUGACUUUUCAAAAAUAUUAAGAACUGCAUAUUGCUUUAAAAAUGCAAAGAUAUGAAUGCUAAACUUCAAAAUAAUUACAGCUGGAAAGUGUAAGCUUUUAAAAAGUACUUGGAUGGCAAGGAAACGAAAGUGAUUAUUAGUGGUUAAUGUGAUUUUUGAGGUGAUUUUCUUAAGGAGUAAUGAUUGAAAGCUUGUGUUUACACAGAUCCUCAGAUUGAUGGGAGACAAAGCUCUCAUGGUUCAAUUGACAAGGAGGGUCUGUUUUUAUCAAGUUGAAUUAGGUACACUAUAUAGCCUCUUCUAAUAACCUAUUUCAGUUAUGACAAGAUUCACACAUGUAUAUAUAGAGAAAAUAUAUUUAAUUGAGGUAUCUUUAAAAAUGAACUCUAUGGGCUGAAAAUUACUCUUGCUUUGAGAUAAAGAACCUAGGAAAAUAAGCAGAGUUAUUAAUGCCUUCCCAACCUACACUUGAUUCUUGAAUUAAAUUACAGUUUGAAGAAUGCUUGCUUUUUAAAAUGGCAUUGAGAAGACUGUGGGUGCUUAACUUCUAACAUUUUCAUUUAUCUUUUGAACAACUAUGUAGUAAUUUUCAUUGCACAUUGUAUAACCCCCUUUUAUGUGGUGUUUUUUUUUUUAAUCAAUUUAUUUAUAUAUUUAUUGGCUGUGUUGGGUCUUCCUUGCUGCGUGUGGACUUUUCUGUAGUUGCAGCGAGCAGGGGCUACUCUUUGUUGCGGUGUGUGGGCUUCUCACCGCGGUGGCUUCUCUUGUUGCAGAGCACGGACUCUAGGCGCACAGGCUUCAGUAGUUGCAGCACGUGGGCUCAGUAGUUGUGGCUCACGGGCUUUGUUGCUCCGCGGCAUGUGGGAUCUUCCCGGACCAGGGCUCGAACCCGUGUCCCCUACGUUGGCAGGUGGACUCCCAACCACUGCGCCACCAAGGAAGCCCCUAUGUGGUGUUUCUUUUGCUUGAAUUAUUUGGUUUAAUAUGCUGUAUACGGCGGGUCUGGAUUUUUUAAGAACAGUCUGGACAGGAUCCUAUUUAGCUGCAAGGAACAAAGGCACAUUCACGUUAUCUUAACUGCUGGAGGCUUAUUUUAAGAUUACAGAGGACAGGAAGGCGACCGGCUCAUCAGAGCCAUGGCUGGUAAAAUGGUGCUUUGUCUUGUAGUGGGCGCAGCAGCUCUGAUAGCUGUGGAUGUCCCCUGCUCUGUAGUCGUCAUGUGCUUACUUUUAAUGUUUCCCAGCUUCUCCCUUCACAUAAAAAAGUGCUUUUCUUACAAGCACUUCAAUAUGAGGCUUUAAAAAGUCUUAUUUAAGAUAAAUGACAAAAAAGCUUUCAUAUAAUUAUUUACAGGUUGAUUUCGGAUACCUUAUCACCAUAAUACUUAACGAAUUGGGCUAUGUUAGCUUCAGUUAACUAUUUUCAGUUAACCCACAUAAUUUGUUGAACUUCAUAGAGUGUAAAGGAUUUAACUGAAAUGAAUUUUGCUGUAGUCUCAAAUUUGUUAACUCUUCUGCCUUUGUUAAAUGUUUUAAAUAGUUGAUUAUCUCAUAGUUUCCUAGUCUCUUGCAGCAUAAUUGAUACAUUGUCUAUAUUAUUAUACUUGGUUAACUGAAGGUAUUAUCUCUGUAAACUUCAACUAGUUGCCUAUAAAAUUUUCUCAGCAGAAACUAAUGGUAUUACAUUUAAAAAUGAAAUACCUUGUCCUUUAUUUAGAGACCAUAUGUCUAGAAAGUCAUUCUGUGUAUAAAGAUUAAUCAACCAAUCAAAAGCCAUAGCUUAUUUUCUUUAGUGUUACCAUUGACACCCGACAAAAUAUUGAAUUACCGAGUUUUAGGCUCCGGGAGGUAGUGCCCCGGAAGGCGGGGAACGCGGAAGAGGCCGAGGCCGGCGCGGAGGAGUCCGGCCCGGAAGAGUCCCACGCGGAGGAGCCCCGCUCCCGGCAGGAGAUGGAGGCAGGGCGGUCGUGGCCGAUGCUGCGCUCAGUGAACACGCGCGAGCCGUCCCAGGUCAUCUUCUACAACCGCAGCCCGCGCGUGGUGCUGCCCGUGUGUCUCAACUUCGACGGCGAGGUGCAGCCCUACCUGACGCUGCCCCCCAGCACGGGCCGCCGAAUCCAUAGCUACCGGGGUCAUCUUUGGGUCUUCCUAGAUGCUGGGACAUCUGAUGGGCUUCUAGUUAACCAGACUGAGCUGUUUGUGCCGUCUCUCAAUGUUGAUGGACAGCCUAUUUUUGCAAACAUCACACUACCAGUGUACACCCUGAAACAGUGGUGCCUCCAGGUUGUGCGAAGCCUAGUCAAGCCUGAGGAUUACAGGAGACUGGACAUCGCGAGAUCCCUCUACGAAGAUCUGGAGGACCACCCAAAUGUGUGGAAGGACCUGGAGCGGUUGCCCCAGGAGCAUAUUGAAAAUCAGUGGAUGGCAGAGGAGACUGAAGAUUUUAAUUGAAAUUUACACUCCUGGAUCUCGGCUUUUGACAGUCCUGACAAGUCUUGAUCUAGAUCUAGGGCUGGUCACUUUUUCUCGGCUUCAAAGUGUCUCAUUCUUGGAGUAAAAAUGCUCCACUGCUUAAAAGAAAGUUAACUGACCUCACUACUGGGCACUGUGAUGUUUAAGGGCAAAUAUCACAAAAUGUAAUUUAAUGCCUGUCCCUUCUAGAAGUAUUUAUCAAGGGAAAGUAGUUGCAUUUUUGCCUCCUAGUGAGUCAGGAAAGUUUCUGUGUAAGGACUUUUGUGUAAAUAAUUCAGUGAGAAUUGUAGCUUAUUCUUGAGUUGUAGGAAAGCAGUGGCAUCUGCUUUUCAUUCCUGUAUCGUGGUUGGUGAUGUGCCCGCGUCCCACUCUGAAAGACCAAGAUGUCCUUGGGGCAGGGGCAUAUCCAUCUGCCCUUUGACGCUCCAGUACCUCGCACGUUAUGAGCCUUCCCUCAGUGUUUGCUGAAUGAACAUACCAGUGGCUACUUUGGUAGAAAGUGUUAGAGGUUUUCACCCUGUUUUUUGAGGGCGGGUGGUAGUGGGGACCUUAAAGUAUAUACAGUAAACGAAUGUUUUCAAGGGCAUCAAUUUUAUAGAAAGCAAUUUUUAUAAUUUUCUAAAUCGUGGCUUUUCUCUGUCCACUGUUGUUGCAGGGCUGUUUUAUUUCUGUUUCUAAGCCAGGAUUGGCUUUCCACAGUUCUUAUUGAUGAUAGCUGUUUUGAAACUUGCUAUCUGCACAGAAGAUAGGAGAAAAUAGCCGUCCCCUUGUUUAAUCAUAGUAUUAAAGAGCUACUCCUGUACUAUAAAUAGGUUUUUGCCAAAUGUGGGUACUUCUGUUCCUUUUUGUAAAUCCAUGACAGUUUUGUUCGAUUCAGCAGGUUUUCAUCAGGCAGGAUCUGGUGACACUUUGCACCUGGCUGGAGGAGAGGACAAAGCCCUCCAGCCUCUCGGAAGUUACUGCUAACACACUGUGGAUUCAGAGGGUAGCCUGGAAUGUUUUCUAAUUUUAUACAUGUACAGAUCCUUUCCUAUAGGCUGGACUUAAAUUCAUUAACUCAAAUUCAGUACUUCUAUCAGGCAUCCUUUUUUGGUAGCUAAUCAUUAAAAAAAACAAAAAACAAAAAACAAAACUCCCCAGUAGAGAAAGUGUUGGAAGAGGCAAAAAUAAAGAAGAGAAAAGAUCCAAGUAGGUACACUACUUAAAUACAACCACUAACUUAACAUUUUGAACUUUUAGCCUUUUUUUUGCUUGGUUUUACGUAGUUGAGAUCAUACUGAGUAUAAGUUUUGUAUUCUACUUUCUCAUUUAACUUUAUAACUUAAAUAUUUUUCCAUGGUAUUAUAAGCUCUUCAUAGACAUGAGUGCAGCCUUCCUUUUAUAAAUAAUGUUGGGAUAUUUCUUUGAGCACCUUUGAGCACAGUUCCUGUGCUCUGAUAUCAGAGUGAAGUGAAUGAAUCAAACGCCUUACGGUUUUCCCACCUAAUCUUAUUCUCCUCUUUCAACAUUCAACAAAUAAGUGGGCUUUUUUUUUUUCUUUAGCCUGUUGUGGUACUCAUUCAGUGACACAUCUAUAAUUUUUUUUUAUCUAAUUUUUUUGUCGAAUUGUUGGGUAGGGAAGAAGAAAUGCUGGUAUAGAAGGCAGCCAUAUGAUUUCAAAAGUGGGAUAGGAUGGAAGAUUUAAGGAAGCCUGCUGGUGCUCGAUUAGUUCAGUGUUGGUUUUAUUAUUUUUUAAACCUGUCUUUGUGUCAAAAUGAAAUUUCAUGUUCCUGUCAAAACUUGCAACAUGAGUACUGUGUUUUUUGUGUUGUCCAAGGAAGAUUGGAAACCUAUAGCAUGUAUGCACUCAUUUGAAAUCUUAUGAAUGUAUUAAAUGUAUUGCUUUUAA